UAAUCGUUUUGAACAACUCUAAAAUAAAACCCCCAUAGCCUUAUCUUAUUUAAUAAAAAAAAACCGCGUAUAAUAUUUUGUAUUACUUGUUAUUAUUUUGAACUCUCUUAAAAUAAAAUGAUCUGUAGUUCCAAUGUAACUAGCUUCAGUAAACUUCUGUUUGUCCGAAUUGCUACAAAGAAGUUUCAUUCUAAAAUACCUUUACGACCAGUAAAAACUAUUGACCAACCCAAAGCAGAUCUGCACGUUGAUAAAAAAACUCUGGUGCUCCUAGAAAGACUUUCACUUGUAAAAUGCAAUACAUCUAAAGGUUUCACCGUAUUAGAAGAUUCUAUUGCUUUUGCUAAUAAAAUUCUUGACAUAGAUACUGAUAAUAUUAAACCUUUAUAUUCUGUAUUGGAAAACGAGAACUUAUAUCUGAGGAAUGAUGAUAUCACACAAGGAAAUUCACAAAAAGAUAUUCUAAAGAACGCUUCUGUAAAAGAAGAUGAUUAUUUCGUUGCACCUCCUGGAAACAUACCAUUACAUGAAGUAAUUGAAGAACAAAAUUUACUGAAGAAUGAUGAAAAACAAAUUUAAGACAGUAUUUUCUAUGGCUAAAUUCUUUAGGAUUAUCAAUUCAACAGAUCAUAGCAUUGCAUAUAACUUAAAAGAGUCUAGUAUAUUAUUGCUCAAUAAUAUUUAUUACAGUUGGCUUAAAACAAUAUAUCUAAAAAUACCUAAAAAUAUGACUAUAUUUACUAGCAAAAAAAAUUUUGGUUAUAAAUAUCCUGGUCUGCCAUAUGGUAUAAUUGAAAGCAAUUUUAAAAGGUAUAAUGAAAAUACACUAAUAGAACAACCUCUUGAUUUGAUACCAAAGUUAGACGGUAGACUAAUUCUUAGAAUAUUAGUACCACAACAUGAUAGUUUACAAUACUUUAUUCAGUGGCAACGCUAUAGAAAAUAUUGGUGGAGUUCUGUAACUACUACACCCAGUUUAUUUGCCAUCAAUGAAGUAAAAUAUGAAAAUGAUACUGCUGAUGCAUAUAUAACAGCUCAAUUUCCUUGGGGACAACACACUGUGGAGACAAUCACAAUGACUAAAGAAAAUGUAAUGAUUUCUUAUUAUAAAAAUCUAUUAUUGUUUCAAGUUUUUGUAAUACUUUUCUUUUUUUUUCAGUACCAUAAUACAUCAUGCAUAACUUGUUCAACAUCCUUAGAAAAUGCUUUAUUUAUUAUUCUUCAUGAUGGAUUGUGCAACAGUACAAAUGAAGAAUAUGUAAGGCUUCAUAGAAGUAUGGCUCCUUAUAAAAUAUCAUUUGUAUUAGACUUUAAAGAUCAGACUUACCAAACAAAAUUAUAUGAACUAGCAAGAUUAAUAGAUCACAAACUUAAAAAAAGCAAUAUAUCGACAUAUCUUCCAUACUCCACAUUAACAGCUGGACAACAAAUGAAGGAAAACCUCCAUUUAGGUGUAGCAUAUAUGGCUGUUCUUAAUGAAAAUACUUUAAAUGAUGGCAUUAUUCAGUUAUUGAAUAGCAACACAAUGUUAAAGGAGCAAGUGCACCUAGCUGAUUUUAACGCAUAUGCAAAGCUAUUGUGUAUAUAAACCAAAAUAUUACUCUAUAAAAUAAAGGAAAAUAUUUACAUGCAAAUUACAAAAGUAUUUCACUUCAAAAUUUUAUUUCCUUAAAAUCUUAUUGCAAGAUGUUACAGUAGUUUCUUAAAACUAAAUUGUAAAAAUAAAAGAUUUGUUUGAUCUACCAAUCUGACAAUGAAUAAUUUUAAUACACAAGUCAAUCUAAAUGAAUAGCAAUUUGACAUAUCAUUUCAGCCUAUAUACACUGAAUGCACAGAAUUGACUAAAAAACAUAAGAGCUACUGAACAGCAUUUUGCAUUGACUAAACUGGUCUACCAAUUUAGUUAAUACAAGUAAAAAGGUACAGAACCGAAUUCACUUGGCUGGUCUACAUAAUUAUUUCGAAUAAGAAUGGCUGCCAAUUGUACAAUCCUCAUCAUGAACUAUCAAAUUUAAAAAAUAAGUAGGAAUUCUAUUAAUGUGAGCUAUCUAACAAUGUAUGGAAGGUCUCUAAUUAACUACAUCCCAUAUAUUGUAUGCUCAUGAUAAUACCAUAAGCAUUCAUUCUCAUAAUAAUGUAUAAUACUAUCUAAUAACUUUACAUUUGGAAACGCAAGUGUUAGUAUCUUCUAAUGAAACAUAAAACAGCAAAAAUAAAUUUCUAUGUUUGUCAAAACAAAUUAUUAACAAAUUUACCAUCUAGCAUGCUUAAUUUCAUUGAAUGUUAUAAGUUUACACUUAAUAAUUAUACCAAGUGAAAUUGCACAAAAAGUUAUUGUAGUUGUUGUUAUUGUAAAAUAAAUAUACACAUAUUUACUUUCCCAAGUCGUCACACAUGAUUAUCUCGUAGUGAUCAACAUUUCACAACUAUACAUACUAUGGUUUUACAACCAGUUCUUAGGUAAAUGAUUAGCUUAACUUCUCAGACACUUUAUAGUCAGAAUUUGUCAUUAUUCUAUGACACGAUUUAUGCAGGCAGUUGUAACUUCUUUCCCUUGAGAACUAAAACAAAC